AUGGAUCCGGAGUAUUCUGGAAUGGUAGUGGUAUUGGUUGGUGGUUUAGCUGUGAUAAGUUCAUUGAAUUUUGAUAGGUUCUUGAAGGCUCCAGGACAUGCUCGUUUUAAAGAUAAAGAAACUGGUAUCGGUGUGACAUACAGGGAGGCUUUUGGAAACUUGUUUCGGACAAUUGACAGCAGUUCCAACAUUUGGAUGUGGAUGAAAUUACCAUCUUCUUGUUUAUCAUUUAGACCUACAUUAAAGGGUCUAGAUGAUGCUGGCUGGUUGGUGACAGAAGAAGUUGAUGAUGAAGAAGAUGGGGUGAGUGUCUUAUCAAAAGUAAGAGACCUGCGAGGUGAUGCUGAAGAAGAUGAUGAAGACGAUGCUGCAGAAGAAGACGGUGCAAUCGUAAGAGACCUACGAGGUGAUGAUGAAGAAGGUGCUGAAGAAGACGGUGCAAUCGUGAGAGAUCUGUGA